ACAGCGACAGGAGACGCAUCUGGCUCUGCCUGCCUGUGCCCACUGCUGGCAGUUGGAGUCACCCCACGUUGUUCUAGGACUGGGGACCAGGUUCCUGUCGCUCUCUACUCCCAGAGAGUUCCCAAAUUCAACACCAGAUACUUCUGCAAGGCAGAAGCACAGAUUCAAACAUGAAUUUUACUGGAAAAGGAAAGACCACAGAAGGAAAAGGACUGACUGCGUACUCUCUUGCCCAGAGGUUUUCCCUGGUAAAUCCCUCUAUGCUCCUUCCCUCCAAGCCAUUACCUCCCAUCUGGAAGAGCUCUCCUUCUACCAAACCAAACAAGAUGUGCAGUGUAGAGCAAGAAAAUGGGAAAAAUGGCACUGGCUAUUAUGAUGAAAGUAGAAAAAACAAGGAGCUGCGUUCAGUGGGAAAAGAACAUAAGGCUUCCUUGCUGAAUCCCAGUGGUGGGGAUAUGAAGAAGUGGUCACUGGGACUACCGUUGAUCCCCCCUAUACGCAAGGCAGUAACUCUGGAUGUCCAAGAGUCCCAGGAGAUGAGGGCAAGUUCCAGCAGCAGAAGCAAAGAGAAGAAGCCUGAUCUUGCAGGCCUGACUGGCAAUGUUACUGCAAAGAAUCUUCCCAGGCCACCUCCCUCUAUGAUCCUAACUGCCAAGCCCUUGCCUCCUAUCCGGAAAAGCUCCCCUUCCAAGAAGCCAAGCACGAUGCCCUAUCGAGAGAAGGAGCAAGGGGAAAAUGGCACUGGCUACAAUGAUAUCAGCAAAAAGAAGCAAGAGCAGAGUUCAGAGGGAAAAGGACGUGAGGCUUCCUUGCUGAAUCCCAGUGGUGGGGAUAUGAAGAAGUGGUCACUGGGACUACCAUUGAUCCCCCCUAUCCGCAAGGCAGUAACUCUGGAUGUCCAAGAGUCCCAGGAGAUGAGGGCAAGUUCCAGCAGCAGAAGCAAAGAGAAGAAGCCUGAUCUUGCAGCUUCUUCUGAGUCUACAACAGAAACCCAGGGGACGAAGGGAAAGAGCCUUUGGUGUGGGAUAGGAGCUGGGAUGCCUCUGUUCCCAAGGAAACUUGCUGAAUUGUUCAGCAUGGAGACCUAUGUGCAGAACCCCGGCGUUGGGAAUGGAGGUCUGGGCUCCCGGCCGGCUCAGGGGGACUUGGCCCAGGAGCCACGGCAGAGGCAGCUGAGCAGCGCUGGCCCCAGGGUCACUGCCAGGGAGGAGGACAAGGGGAAGGCCCAGCAUGGCUCAGCCUCACACAGAGUACCAGGCCUCCCAUUGAGCCAGGCCAAGGAGCCGGAUCAUCCCAGCAGUCCUGGUCUUACGAGUGACAAAGACCUGAGGGACGACUUUGGAAAGGUCUGUGCUCCAUUGUGCAAGUUGGCUGUAAAGAACUUAGAGCGGAAGAAAAUUGAGCUUUUGGAGAGAGAGAUGAAGAAAAGGAGAGAAGAGAAAAUAUCCUUGCAGCUGCCUCCACAAACAUUUGAGGCCAGGGAUGCAGCUGAAGCAAGCUUUAGCCUACCACCUCUCAACGACACACCUUCCAGUGUGCAGAGAAAAUACCCUAGUAAUGCCUUGAAGAAGAAAGUCUUGAGAAAGCAGAACAAAGUCCCCUUACUGCCCAGUAUGUCCAUCAUCUAUGAGGAAGGCAGUGUCCCAUGCAACUCCUCAGGUUUAGCCCAGAGCUGUGCCCAGCUGGGGGGCUGGGAGAAAGCAAGGAGCCCAAGGAGCCAGAGAGCAGGGAAGUGUCUGAGCCAGAGCCAGAGCCAGUUUGCAGCACAUGGAGCCCUGGCUGGGAGCUGGGGCUGCAGCCGCUCCAUGGCGGGUGCCUUGCCCGGGGCUGCAGCGCUCAGGGCUGACCCUCUCCUUACAGUGACCUCGCAGACGGCCACUGGUUCCCAGCGCCGAGAGGAGCUGCUCCGUGGGCACGGGCACAAGGACACAGCCUGUCCUGACCCACAGCAGUCCCUGCUCCAGGCACUCUCCUUGCUGGGCAGCCACGACUGGGAGAUGAAGGAGAAAGGACUUGUCAGCCUCAAACACCUGGCUGGGUGCCAUUCAACAGUCCUGCUUUCAAGACUUCAUGACAUUUGCUUGGCAGUUACCAACGAGGUGACCAACCUCCGGUCAAAGGUGUCCUACUCAGCCAUUGUCACUCUGGGAGAGUUUUUUGCCACCUUGAAGAAGGACAUGGACUAUGAGGUGGAUGAGGUGGUUCGAGUCAUUCUCCAGAUGCUUUGUAACUCCCCAGAGUUUGUUGAGAAAGCAGCCAGUCAGACCCUGGGGAUCAUGGUGGAGAAUGUGACUCCUGCACGAGCAAUGACUGCUCUCCUGGACAGUGGAGUCAAGAGCCGCCACGUCCAGGUGCGGAAGUGUGCGGCUGAGCUGCUCCUGUCCUUGCUGGAGAAAAUUGGAGUCACGGAGCUCGCAGGCACAGCCAGGGCUGAGAGGUUGGCGCAUGCGGCAGGGACACUCGCUCAGGACUGUCACAAGGACACAAGGCGUUAUGGACAGCAGAUGGUGAAGAUGUUGAUGAAUCAUCAAAAAUGUAAAAUGCUUUUGGAACGAUCCGUUCCUGCCCAUGACCUGGAAGAUAUUCUGAGAAGAAUUAAGAAGAGAGAGAUAGAAGAGCAGAAGGGAGAACGCCCAUCUGUCAAGAGCCCUGUGAAAAAGAGGAGUGAUGGCUCAAAGAAGCCCCAGGCCACAUUGUUUUCUAGUCAACGGUUGAAGUCGACCUCUGAUGGACGCCUCCUACACCGUCCAAAAGCCCAGGUCGCAUUACCUCCAGCCAUGGAUGAAACAGAGCAGCUCCAGAAGCUUUACGACCUCCUGGAAGCCAAGGGGUUUGAGACACGGAUGGAAGGAGUGGCACUCCUCCUAGACCUGUGCAAAACCAGCCCCAAGCUUGUCGCCACUAACAUUGUCCAAAUUUUUGAUUAUUUUGUCCUGAGAAUAUCUGACACACACAAGAAAGUGAAGCAGAUGGCACUGGACGUGCUGGCAGAAAUCAUAGUCAUCCUGGAAGAUGCCAUGAACCCGGUGAUCAUACGUUUGGUUGAAGGAAUUACAAGAAACCUGAACUCAAAGGACCCCGGGGUUCAUGCCACAGCUGUGAACGCUCUGGAAGAAUCCAUUGCUCAUUUAGAUAAAGUAUCACUGAUGAAAGAGUUCAGCCACCAAUGGAGUCAACUGAGUGGCCAAGCUCUGCUGGAUGUCACAGAGCGUAUCACAGAGCUGGUGGAAGGGGUUCAUGCCAGGAGCCCUGAAGUCGUCCAGCGCUAUGCCCUGCCCGUGCUUUGGUCCUUGCUGGAGAACAAGGCACUGCCUGUCCGAAGUGCCAAUGUCCGCAUGGUAGUCACCAGGCUCGCCUCUGCCCUCUACAAGGUGAUGGGCACCAAGCUGAAGAAGUGUGCUGCCAGCCAGCCCCCACAUGUGUGGGAAAAACUCUCCAGCAUUUUGGGCUGGUGA